GUUUGCAGUUCACUUGUUUGUCCAUGAUUGACAUUAAGAGCCUUCCUCUCUCCUAGUAUAAAAAAGGGUUUUAAGCAUCCCAUAAAUCCCUAUCUCAGACAAUCACAAAAAUACAACACUGACCCUUAUAAGAGAGACCAACCCUUUUGCUCAAAAUUUCAUUCUUCAGACAUAUGUAGGACAAGACUUUGAGUUUCUAGUCUUUUGGAGUUUCAAGAAUGUCUUGGUUUUGGACAAUAAUUUUUCUCUGUGUUGCAUUCACCAUCUCCUCAGAGGGUAAGCACCACAAGAAGCAUCCAUCUGCUGUUGUUGUUGGCACUGUCUACUGUGACACAUGCUUCCAGCAGGAUUUCCCUAAGGCCAGCCACUUCAUUUCAGGUGCAUCUGUUGCAGUAGAAUGCAAGACCACAAGCUCAAAGCCGAGUUUCCAACAAGUGGUCAAAACAGACAAGAAUGGAGAAUUCAGAGUCCAUCUCCCUUUCUCUGUCAGUAAACAUGUCAAGAAAAUCAAGAAAUGUGCUGUGCAGCUGAUCAGCAGCAACGAACCCUUUUGCGCCGUGGCAGCCACCGCAGCCUCGUCGAGCUUAAGUCUCAAGACAAGAAAACAUGGGACGCAUGUUUUCUCGGCAGGUUUCUUCACGUUCAAGCCACUGAAACAGCCUGAAAUAUGUAAUCAGAAACCGAGUAUCAGUAGUUUCAAGAAUCUUGAAAGUGCUGACAAGCCAUCUGUCCUAAAUCCUAAUGAUCCCUUGUUUCCACCACCACUUCAAGAUCCUUCACCAUCAGAUCCACCGACCGGAAGACGGUACCUUCCACCGCUGCCGCAGCUGCCGAACUUGCCGCCUCUGCCUGAGCUGCCCCGGCUGCCUCCACUCCCUGUAAUCCCAUUUCUGCCACCAGCAGAGCCUAAAAAGACUGCUACUAAUUUUAAAGCAUCAGAAUUGUCGAACCACGAGAUUAAUCAGCCCAAGUCUUUGUUUUUUCCACCAAAUCCACUCAAUCCACCUAGUCUUUUUCCUCCAAAUCCUCUUCUGCCACCACCUUCUCUGAUUCCUCCGGUUCUUCCUUCUCCACCACCGUCAAUAUUCCCUCCGCUUGUCCCUUCUCCUCCGCCUUCGGUAUUACCUCCGCUUUUCCCUUCUCCGCCUUCGCCACCUUUCUUCCACCUGCCGCCAAUUCCAGGGCUGACACCAUCUCCACCGCCGCCGCCACCGCCAGUGUUCCCAAUCCCUCUGCCUCCUUUUCCGUUCCAGCCGACCCCUGGCUUCCCCGGAGUGCCACCGGCGGGUGAUGCUUCUUCACCAUCAAAAACAAGCUCCCCUUGAUUUUGCAGUUACAUAUAUAGCAGCCAUGUAUAAUUACACUGAACUGAUCAUACUUGCAAUAAAAUCAGCAACUUCAUUACUUUAUUUC